AUGAAUGAGCCAACGACUGAUAUAGAGAUCGAACCCGCGGCUGAGACGGCGAUGCUGCCUCUUCCUCCUCCGACGGCGUCACCUCAUCAGGCGUUGGUUGAGAGGCUCAAGGAUUACGGUCAGGAAGAUGUUUUCGCUCUCUGGGAUGAACUCUCACCGGAAGAGCGAGAUCUCCUCCUCACAGAUAUCGAGAAAUUGGAUCUUCCAAGAAUAGAUCGGAUCAUCAGAUGCUCACUUCAAUCUCAAGGGUUGCCAGUGGCGGCAAUAGAGGCGGUGCCGGAGGAUUGCGUGUCGACGGUUGACAAAAGAACAAAGGAAGAUAGAGAAAAAUGGUGGAAUUUGGGAUUGAAGAACAUCUAUGAAGGGAAAUUGGGUGUGCUGCUUUUAUCUGGUGGACAGGGAACAAGACUUGGAAGUUCAGAUCCGAAAGGGUGUUAUAAUAUCGGACUGCCAUCGGGGAAGUCACUUUUUCAGAUUCAAGCUGAGAGGAUCUUGUGUGUCCAAAGGCUUGCUGCUCAGGCAAUGAAUGAAGGUCCAACUCGCCCAGUUACAAUACAGUGGUAUAUAAUGACCAGUCCAUUUACUCAUGAACCAACACAAAAAUUCUUUGAGAGUCACAAGUAUUUUGGCCUUGAGUCAGAUCAAGUCACCUUUUUCCAACAAGGAACCCUACCAUGCAUUUCAAAGGAUGGAAAGUUUAUCAUGGAGACACCUUUCAGUCUAGCCAAGGCUCCGGAUGGAAACGGGGGAGUUUACACAGCUCUAAAAUCUUCAAGGCUACUAGAAGAUAUGGCUUCCAGGGGGAUUAAGUAUGUGGAUUGCUAUGGUGUUGACAAUGUUCUGGUUCGAGUAGCUGACCCUACUUUUCUAGGAUACUUCAUUGACAAAGGUGCAGCUUCAGCUGCAAAAGUAGUGCGCAAGGCAUAUCCGCAGGAAAAGGUCGGAGUAUUUGUAAGGAGGGGAAAAGGUGGACCUUUGACUGUAGUUGAGUACACAGAACUGGAUCAGUCUAUGGCUUCUGCAACAAAUCAACAAACAGGACGUCUUCAAUUUUGCUGGAGUAACGUGUGCUUACACAUGUUCACUCUGGAUUUCCUUAAUCAAGUUGCCAGUGGGCUGGAGAAAGACAGCAUUUACCAUGUAGCAGAGAAAAAGAUACCGUCUAUGAAUGGCUUCACAGAGGGACUUAAACUAGAACAGUUCAUUUUCGAUUGUUUUCCUUAUGCUCCUUCAACUGCACUCUUCGAGGUGCUGAGGGAGGAAGAGUUUGCGCCGGUGAAGAACGCAAACGGGUCGAAUUUCGACACACCAGAAAGUGCAAGACUUCUGGUUCUACGGCUGCACACACGUUGGGUCAUAGCAGCUGGUGGCUUUCUAACACAUUCUGUUCCUUUAUAUGCAACUGGUGUGGAGGUUUCACCUUUGUGCUCGUACGCCGGAGAAAAUCUAGAAUCUAUAUGUCGGGGAAGAACGUUUCACGCACCAUGUGAGAUCUCCCUCUAA